AAAGUAGUCCACAAUCGCUGGAGCUUUUCUCUUCUCUAUUUUCACUUCAUUUCUUCCUCCUUUUCCAGCAAUCAAAGCCUGCGCAAAGAAGUCUCCGGCGUAGAAAUCCUGCAGAUUUUUCCGCUGCCAAAAUGGUCGACGUUGACCGGAGAAUGACCGGUCUAAAUCCGGCUCAUAUAGCUGGCCUACGCCGUCUCUCAGCCCGAGCCGCCGCUCCCUCAACCGCUACUUCUCUUCCUGUCCGAAAUGGUUUAGUCUCUUUCUCUUCUCUGGCUGAUAAAGUCAUAACUCAUUUGCGUAGCUCAGGUAUCCAAGUCCAGCCGGGUCUUUCUGACUCUGAGUUCGCGCGGGCUGAGGCAGAGUUUGGCUUCGCUUUCCCUCCAGAUCUUCGUGCUCUACUCUCCGCUGGUUUGCCUGUUGGUCCUGGCUUCCCAGACUGGCGCUCUGCCGGUGCUCGCCUCCAUCUCCGUGCUUCGCUCGAUAUUCCUAUCGCUGCUAUCUCAUUUCAAAUCGCUCGCAACACUUUCUGGUCAAAGUCGUGGGGCCUGAGACCAUCCGACCCGGAAAAGGCAUUGAAGGUGGCGAGAAAUGCGCUGAAGAGAGCUCCGCUUUUGAUUCCCAUUUUCAACCAUUGUUACAUUCCUUGUCACCCUUCUUUAGCUGGUAACCCCAUCUUUUACGUCGAUGAGAAUCGGAUCUUCUGUUGCGGUUUGGAUCUAUCUGAUUUUUUCGACCGAGAGUCCCUCUUCCGGAGCUCCAUGUCUGACCCUAUACUUCUAAAGAAGCAAAGGUCCGUUAGCGAGAAAUCGGCUGGGACUUCUUCAAAUUACUCGCGUAGAAGCUUGGAUACGGGUUUAACAAACGGAGCGAGAACCCCGAGAUGGGUCGAGUUCUGGAGUGAUGCAGCCAUGGACAGACGGAGGCGAAACUCGGCGUCUUCCUCUUCGGAAUCAUCGUCGCCGGAGCGGUUUUUCGAUAUACCGAGGUCGGAGAUGCCAAAGUGGGUGGAGAAGUACAUAGGGAAAAUCGGGUCGGUUUUGAGAGAGGGCGGUUGGAAAGAAACUGAAAUAUCCGAGAUAGUCCACGUGUCAGCAUCCGGUUUCUUCGAAGCGGAGAUGGUUUUGUUGGACAAUCAAGCGGUCAUGGAUGCUCUGCUUUUGAAAGCGGAUCGGUUUUCUGAUUUGCUCCGGAAAGCUGGGUGGAGCUCCGAAGAAGUUUCGGACGCAUUGGGUUUUGAUUUUAGACCGGAAAAGGAAAGGAAACCAGCUAAGAAAUUGUCACCUGUGCUGGUUGAGAAGAUUGGGAAAUUAGCCGAGUCGGUUUCCCGGUCAUAAAGUCGGCAUCCAGAUUUUUUUUCCACAUUGAAGCCUCGGGUCUGGUUUUUUUUUUUUUUAAAUCGAAGGAAUAGGUGAAAUUUGAAAUGUAUAUGGAGAAACGCGUUGUACUAUGGAACAGCUUAUAAAACAUUUAUAAUCUCA